GCCCGGCGGCUCGUUCUUUCCCCAUUUGAAAAGGAGAGGCGGCUCCGUCCUGUGGGUCACUGUGUCCUGUUGAUUCGCGCUUUCACGCCGGCUUUUCGCUUGCUCCCUCUCUGUACAAACCGUUCUCCUUCCAUUGCCACUGUGGUGGCGGGAAAAUCCCAGAGCUUCCCGCGUUGUGAGGAACUGAGACAUCGCUGCGUGUGCGGGAAUUGAACCGCUUCUCUUUGGCCGAGUCUGUUUCACGCCUGUCCCCCCUAUAGCCAUGCCGGCCCAGUCCACUUCCUUGGCUCUGCCUGCUGAUGUCAGGAAACGGCUAAAGGAUUUGGAGAGGGAUCAGGAUGGAAUGACUGAGAAGGAACAUGUACAGCAGAAACUGAGUUUGGUGCUUGGCUUCCUUGAAGCAGAUGCUAGAAACAAACUGAAUGAUCUCGAGAGCAAGUUGAGCAGUGAAGAACUGUCUGAGGAAGGAUACCUUACAAAAGUGAAGUCUCUUCUGGGGAAGCAGUUGAGCUUUGAAAACGUAGACCUUGCUUUGAACGGAGAAACAAAUGGCUGCUCCACCAAUGGUACCUGCGGCAGUGAUGAGGAAGAUGUACAGUUGUCGGAGUCUAAUACUUCUGGUGUUAAAAACCGCAAACCUAGGAAAAGUAAAGUUAAUGGAGAAAACAAGAAAUCACCAGCCCGUGCCCGCCCAUCAAGCACUGCAGGCAAACAACCCACCAUCCUCUCCAUGUUCUCUAAAGGGUCAACCAAGCGGAAAUCCAGUGAUGAAGAGAAAGAUACAGAUGUUCCAGCUGAUGCAGACCAACCAGAAGAGAAGGAAAAAGAAGAGAAAAGAAUAAAAAUCGAAGUUAAUGAAAGCGAGGACAAACGGUCUGAUGCGGAAGAAGGUAAAAAGGCAAAACCUGUUCAGCCACCAAAGACGCCUCCACCAAAAUGCAUGGAUUGCAGACAAUAUUUGGAUGAUCCAGACCUCAAGUACUUUCAGGGUGAUCCAGAUGAUGCUCUAGACGAGCCAGAGAUGUUAACAGAUGAGCGAUUAUCACUUUUUGAGUCCAAUGAGGAUGGCUUUGAGAGCUAUGAUGACCUCCCACAACAUAAAGUCACAUGCUUCAGUGUUUAUGAUAAAAGGGGCCAUUUAUGUCCUUUUGAUUCUGGUCUGAUUGAGAAGAAUGUCGAGCUGUACUUCAGUGCGGUUGUAAAACCCAUUUAUGAUGACAGCCCUUCUCUGGAUGGUGGUGUACGAGCAAAGAAACUUGGUCCCAUUAACGCUUGGUGGAUAACUGGUUUUGAUGGAGGAGAAAAGGCUUUGAUUGGGUUUACAACAGCUUUUGCAGACUACAUCCUGAUGGAUCCCAGUGAAGAGUACAGCAGCAUCUUUGCCCUGAUGCAGGAGAAGAUCUACAUGAGUAAGAUAGUUGUGGAAUUCCUUCAAAAUAACCCUGAUGUGAGCUAUGAAGAUCUGCUCAACAAGAUUGAGACUGCCGUCCCACCUUCAGGAUUAAACUUUAACCGCUUCACAGAAGACUCGUUGUUAAGGCAUGCACAGUUUGUGGUGGAACAAGUGGAGAGCUAUGAUGAGGCUGGUGACAGUGAUGAGCAGCCUGUUAUUGUAACUCCCUGCAUGAGGGACCUCAUAAAGCUAGCUGGUGUUACUCUGGGCAAAAGACGAGCAGCAAGAAGACAAACAAUCAGACAUCCUACAAAGAUAGAGAAGGACAAAGGACCUACAAAGGCCACUACCACAAGACUUGUGUAUCAGAUUUUUGACACAUUCUUCUCCGAACAAAUCGAAAAGGAUGCAGAGAAGGAAAAUGGCAUCAAGCGCAGGCGUUGUGGUGUUUGUGAGGUGUGUCAGCAACCAGACUGUGGCCAGUGCAAAGCUUGCCAGGCUAUGUUGAAGUUUGGUGGGGCAGGCCGUACCAAACAAGCCUGCAUGCAGAGAAGGUGUCCAAACCUGGCAGUGAAAGAAGCCGAUGAAGAUGAGGAAGUUGAAGAUGUUCUGCCAGAAAUGCCAUCACCCAAAAAGAUCCUUCAGGGAAAGAAGAAAAAACUGGAGAAGAAAAACAGGAUCUCUUGGGUGGGGGAUCCAGUUAAGACUGAAGGGAAGAAAGAAUAUUACCUGAAGGUGUCUAUUGACUCUGAAAUAUUGGAAGUUGGAGAUUGUGUGUCAGUGAGUCCUGAUAAUCCAACAGAGCCUUUGUACUUGGCAAGGAUCACAUCCAUGUGGGAGGAAGGCUGUGGACAAAUGUUCCAUGCACACUGGUUCUGUCUUGGCACAGAUACAGUCCUGGGCGCUACAUCUGACCCUCUCGAGCUCUUUCUUGUGGAUGAAUGCGAGGACAUGCAGCUGUCUUAUAUUCAUGGCAAAGUGAAUGUACUCUACAAAGCACCAUCUGACAACUGGUUCAUGGAGGGAGGAACAGACACUGAAAUAAAAGUUGUGGAAGAUGAUGGAAACACUUACUUCUACCAGUUGUGGUAUGAUCCAGAAUAUGCCCGGUUUGAGACCCCACCCAAGCCUCAGUCUACAGAAGACAAUAAGUAUAAGUUCUGCACCAGUUGUGCCCGUCUGGAUGAAAUAAGGCAGAAAGAGAUACCCAGAGUAAGCAAUCCCGUAGAGGAGCUCGACUCUAAAAUUUGCUACAGUACAGCUACAAAGAAUGAUGUACAUUAUAAGGUUGGAGAUGGAGUGCUACUCUUCCCUGAUGCCUUUUCAUUUAGUGUGAAACUGGGUAGCCCUAUGAAGCGACCCCAGAGGAAGGAUGAUGUGGAUGAAGAUCUAUACCCAGAAUACUACCGCAAAUCAUCAGACUACAUUAAGGGUAGCAACCUGGAUGCUCCAGAACCGUACCGAUUGGGUCGCAUUAAGGAGAUCUUCUGCAAUAAGAGAAGUAAUGGAAAGCCUAAUGAGGCAGAUAUAAAGCUGCGGAUUUACAAGUUUUACAGACCUGAAAAUACUCACAAAGGUAUGAAAGCAAGUUACCAUUCAGACAUAAACAUGGUUUACUGGAGCGAUGAAGAGGCUGUAGUGGAGUUUAAGGCGGUGCAAGGACAUUGUACAGUAGAAUAUGGUGAAGACCUAACCGAAUCCAUUCAGGAGUAUUCUGCUGGAGGAUCAGAUCGCUUUUACUUCCUUGAGGCCUAUAAUGCAAAGACCAAAAGCUUUGAAGAUCCUCCAAACCAUGCUCGCGGUGCUGUUAACAAAGGCAAAGGAAAGGGCAAAGGAAAAGGCAAAGGCAAAACUCCAAAGUCAGAGAAUGAACAGCUGAACUCUGGUGAUAAACUGCCUAAACUGCGCACCUUGGAUGUAUUUUCUGGCUGUGGAGGUCUUUCUGAAGGUUUUCACCAAGCAGGCAUAUCUGAGACAAACUGGGCAAUAGAGAUGUGGGAGCCUGCAGCCCAGGCCUUCAGACUGAACAAUCCUGGUACUACAGUGUUUACUGAAGACUGCAACAUUCUCCUGAAACUAGUCAUGUCUGGGGAAAAGACAAAUUCCCUAGGGCAGCGGUUGCCGCAGAAAGGCGACGUGGAAAUGCUCUGCGGAGGGCCCCCCUGCCAAGGUUUUAGUGGCAUGAACCGGUUUAACUCAAGAACCUAUUCAAAGUUCAAGAACUCACUGGUGGUCUCGUAUCUCAGCUACUGUGACUAUUACAGACCUAAAUACUUCCUCUUGGAAAACGUCCGGAACUUUGUAUCAUUCAAAAAAUCGAUGGUGCUUAAGCUAACACUCCGCUGCCUUGUACGCAUGGGCUACCAGUGCACGUUUGGUGUUCUUCAGGCUGGCCAGUAUGGUGUAGCACAGACCCGCAGGAGAGCCAUCGUACUCGCUGCUGCUCCAGGAGAGAAGCUUCCAAUGUUCCCUGAGCCUUUGCAUGUGUUUGCUCCACGUGCUUGUACAUUGAGUGUUGUAGUGGAUGAAAAGAAAUAUGUCAGCAACACCACAAGAACGAACUCCAGCCUUUUCCGAACAAUCACUGUCCGGGAUACUAUGUCUGACCUUCCAGAAAUUCGCAAUGGAGCCUCUGCUCUGGAAAUCUCUUACAACGGGGAGCCUCAGUCCUGGUUCCAGAGGCAGAUUCGUGGCUCACAGUACCAACCAAUACUCAGGGAUCAUGUCUGUAAGGACAUGAGCGCUUUAGUUGCUGCCAGAAUGCGACACAUACCUCUUGCUCCAGGCUCAGACUGGCGGGAUCUCCCCAACAUGGAAGUUCGUUUGUCCGAUGGCACAACCUCUAGAAAGUUGCGUUAUACUCAUCAUGACAAGAAAAAUGGGCGCAGUGGCACUGGUGCAUUAAGAGGAGUCUGUUGUUGUUCUGAAGGCAAACAAUGUGACCCUGCAGACCGGCAGUUUGGCACACUGAUUCCCUGGUGCCUGCCGCACACUGGAAACCGACACAAUCACUGGGCUGGCUUGUAUGGAAGACUGGAGUGGGACGGCUUCUUCAGCACCACUGUUACUAACCCUGAGCCCAUGGGCAAACAGGGCCGUGUUCUUCACCCAGAGCAGCAUCGUGUGGUGAGUGUCCGGGAAUGUGCUCGGUCCCAAGGCUUUCCUGACACCUACAGACUGUUUGGUAAUAUCUUGGAUAAACAUAGGCAGGUGGGUAACGCUGUGCCGCCACCUCUGUCAAGAGCAAUCGGCUUAGAGAUAAAGUCGUGUGUUUUGACAAGGAUGAAAGAGAAUGGAACGGAAACCGUGAAGGCUGAAAAGAUGGAAACAGAUUAACUCUCCUUUGGGGGCAGCUUACACUGAAAUCAUCCCUCCAGAAUUAAAGAGCAGAUAUUAAAUCGGACAUUGUCUCUUCUGGUUGAUCAAAUUUUCUCUUCUGGUUGAUCAAAUGUUGACAUUCCAGCUCUUAAUUUUAUCUGCUGAAACGGAUGAGCUGCGCAACAGCACUUCUAAGAAAUUUUAAAAACAGUGGAUUUUAUUAUACGUUGUUACGUUGGCGUCUUACCUCUCCACUUUGUAUACGUGCGAAUAUGUAGUUUUUAUAUGUUGUAAUAUUUGAAAUAAAACUUCUCUUGU